CCCUCGCCCCCCCCCCCCCCCCCAGCCAGGCUCCUCUCCCCUCUUUGCAAACCAGGCAGAAGAGGUCCAGCCGGCUUUGGGCGCAGAGCAACAGAGAGAGAGAGAGAGAGAGAGACUCCGGACCGGUGGCGCACUCGCACUCGCUUCCUGAUGAGAAUGAAGACCGUGUCCCUCGUCCUGCUCUGCCUCCCAGCCCUCCUGGCCCAGGGGCAGUACGACAUCGAGGACCCGGCCUACCAUGACACCCCCUACGCCCCCUACGAAAUAGAGAGCCAGGACUACUACGACUACGCCGCCGGCAACGACCUCUCCCCACAGACCCCCCAGGAGCAGCACCAGUUCCAGUCCCAGCAGCAGAACCAGCAGGAGGUCAUCCCCGCCCCCACCCACGAUGUUGCCGAGACGGAGCCCACGGAGCCCGGACCUUUGGACUGCCAGGAGGAGCAGUACCCUUGCACCCGGCUCUACUCGGUCCACAAGCCCUGCAAGCAAUGCCUGAACGAGAUCUGCUUCUACAGUCUCCGCAGGGUUUACGUGAUCAACAAGGAGAUUUGCGUCCGCACGGUCUGUGCCCACGAGGAGCUCCUCAGAGCGGACCUUUGCCGCGACAAGUUCUCCAAGUGUGGGGUGCUGGCCACGAGUGGCCUGUGCCAGACCGUGGGCCUCUCUUGCGCCCGGAGCUGCGGCGGGUGCUGAACCCCUUCGAUGCCAAAGGAAGCGGCUAAAGGACCCCCGGAUCGGUUCACGGCCCCCCUCGCGUUUUGUAUCCCUCGGCACGAGUUCUUUGUUACGAGCCCCGAGCGGCGGGUUCGACUCGCCGACACCCUUUUUUGUAUGAGCGACUGCCCCUACCAUUAAAACGAGAACAAGUGUCCA